AUGGGUGAGCUUGUAGACGGGGGCGACUUGAGGUGCGGCAGCACCAGCACCGCGGCUGCCACCCCUCCCCCCGUUCUUGCUGCAGCAGCAGCAGCAGCAGCGCACUCAUCACCAACAUCAUCACCAGCAACAGCAGCAGCAGCAGCAGCAGCAGCAGCAGCAGCAACAGAUGCUCCAGAGGAUGCGUGGCACUUCGUGGUGCCGUCGGCACACAGCAGCUUCAUCUUCUCCCUCUGCCCGCGGGGCCCCUCUCCUCUCUCUAUUCAGGUGUACAGACAGCUGGGGCGGCUGAGGGGGGCUGUAGCUGCUGCUCCUGUGCCUCUGUCUUUCUCUGCAUCGUCAGCAGCAGCAGCAGCAGCAUCGGCAGCAGCAGCUCCUGCAGCAGCACCUGCAGCAGCAGGAACAGAAGUAACAGAAGCAGCAGCAACAACACAAUCAGUAGCAGCAGCAGCAGCAGCAGCAGCAGCAAAGAAAGGGGGAGAGGCGUGCUGCUGCAUCGAUAGCCUGAGAUGCCUCACCAGGGCCCCCCACGUCUUCUCCUGGGCAGCAGAUGCUGCUGCCUGGCUUGAAGGUUCAUCUGCAGCAUUUAAUCCCGCUGCUGCUGCUGCUGCUGCUGCUGCUGCUGAUGAGCUCAUCACCCCUGGGGAGCCAGACGCAGCUGCUGCUCGUGACGCUGCAGCAGCAGCAACAGCAGCAGAAGCAGCAGCAACAACAACGGCAGCAGCAGCAGCCGCACGGAGCACAACUGACAUUGCUGCCUGUGGAUGUGCUCGGAGCCGAAGGAAGCAGCAGCAGCAGCGGUGUAUCCAGACGCAGCUGCUGCUCGUGACGCUGCAGCAGCAGCAACAGCAGCAGAAGCAGCAGCAACAACAACAGCAGCAGCAGCAGCAGCACGGGGCACAACUGACAUUGCUGCCUGUGGAUGUGCUCGGAGCCGAAGGAAGCAGCAGCAGCAGCGGUGUAGUUACCCCCCUGCAUGGCCUCAACAGCAGCAGCCGCAGCACCAGUACUAGCAGCAGCAACAGCAACAGCAGCAACAGCAGCAGCAGCAGCAGCAGCAGCUCAGUUGUAGAUGCAAAAGAGUUUGUGGGUUGGUCUGCUGUUGCCUGCGGCGGCCACGGGAGAAGCUGGGCGCUGCAUCCCGCAGCAGCAGCAGCAGCAGGAGCAGCAGCAUCUGCAGCAGCAUUAGCAGCAGGUGCAGCAGCAACAGCAGCAGCAACAGCAGCAGCAACAGCAGCAGCAGCAGAAACUCUCCUCGGGGGGGCCCCCUGGAUCUUUCUUUUUGGGGGGCAGUGCCGCGACGCCUUAGGCCGCUGGCGAUUCAACCCAGAGGCGUUUCUGCUGCUGCCUGUACACUGCAGCUUGCUGCGCCCAGCAGCAGCAGCAGCAGCAGCAGCAGCAGGAGGCGCAGCAGCAGGAGCAGCAGCAGGAGCAGAAGCAACAGAAGGAGGAGGAGAGAUACAACCUCUUAAGCUUCCUGGUUGUGCUGACCUCCUUCAACCUCCUGCUGCUGCUGCUGCUGCAGCAGGGACAACAUCUGCCGCUGCUGCAGCAGGAGCAGCAGCAAACACAGCAGCAGCAGCAGCACUUGCAGCAGCAGCAACUGCAGCAGCAGCAGCUCCGGGCUCUACAGAAGGAAACAACCAGCAGCAGCAGCAGCAGCAGCAGCAGCAGCAGGAGGCGCAGCAGCAGGAGCAGCAGCAGGAGCAGAAGCAGCAGAAGGAGGAGGAGAGACACAAACUCUUAAGCUUCCUGGUUGUGCUGACCUCCUUCAACCUCCUGCUGCUGCUGCUGCUGCAGCAGGGCCAACAUCUGCCGCUGCUGCAGCAGGAGCAGCAGCAAACACAGCAGCAGCAGCAGCACCUGCAGCAGCAGCAACUGCAGCAGCAGCAGCUCCGGGCUCUACAGAAGGAAACAACCAACGGGGGUGGACUUGGGUCGUGCCAACUCACUGACUCGACUGUGGCUUUGCUGCUGUCUGUACGAAAUGCAGCAGCAGCAGCAGCAGCAGCACCAGCAGCAGCAGCAGCAACAGCAGCAGCAAAAGAGUCAACUGUAGAUGUGCUGCCUCUCCUGGAGACGCAGGAGCUGCAGCUGCUUAUUUCGGGGCCGCUACCGCCUGCGCGGAUGGGGCAUUCGAUGACGGCCUUGCUGCGCUGCAGCGGCGGCUGCAGCUUUUUUAUUUUUGGUGGCGUUGCUGCUGAGGGGCGGCCCCUCACUGACCUGUGGGAGCUUCAGCUGUCUAUACACCCCAACAGCAGCAGCAGCAGCAGCAGCAGCAGCAGCAACGGAAUGCUGGUGUUUAGGGGACAGUGGCAGCAGCUUAACAUAGACAACGGGGGCGUUGUGAGGCCGCUUAGUGCAGCGGCGCUGCUGCAGCACGAGAGGAAGCAGGAGCUGCAGCAGCGGCAGCAGAAGAAAAAGCAACAGCAGCAGCAGCAGCAGCAGCAGCAGCAACAGCUCACCCCAAAGGCCAGCAGAAAAAGUAACAUCACCGCUACUACUACUACUACAACUACUACUACUACUAGCAGCAGCAGCAGCAGCAGCAGCAGCAGCAACAGCAGCAGCAGCAGCAGCAGCAGCAGCACAUCUGGUCUGCCGCCUCUGAUGUUUCCCUCUUUAGCGGCAUUCGAAGCUCACAGCUGUUCUUGCCCUACACCUUCAUUGCAGCAGCAGCAGCAGCAGCAGCAGCAGCAGAGGCAGCAGGAGCAGCAGGUCUCAACAGGCCUGCAGCAGCAACAGCAGCAGCAGCAGCAGCAGCAGCAGCAGGAGCAGCAGCGACAGCAAUGCUGCCAGCAGCAGCAGCAGCAGCAGAGGCAGCAGGAGCAGCAGGCCUGCAGCAGCAGCAACAGCAGCAGCAGCAGCAGCAGCAGCAGCAGCAGCGACAGCAAUGCUGAUGCUAGCCACUGCAUGCCAAGCCAUCACUGGCUGCUGUUUAUUUGUGGAGGCUUCAGUGUUCCUGCUGCUGCUGCUGCUGCUGCUCCUGCUGCUGUUGCUGCUGCUGCUGCUGCCAGUAAAUGCCGUUAUUCUGCACGCAUUGCACGAAAAGCAGCAGCAGCAACAACAGCAACAGCAGCAGCAGCAGAAACUACUGCAGCAGCAGCAGCAGCAGCAGCAGCAAAGUACACGUAUAAAGAAUGUAGUAUCGCCAGGAAAGGCUCCGUGCUGCGGCGGUGUAGAGUUGUGGGGCGCAGCAGCUUCAUCUGUCUCGGCUUCAGGCAGCAGCAGCAGCAGCAGCAGCAGCAGCAGAUCUUCUGGCUGCAGCAGCAGCUCCUGCAGCAGCAGCUUAAGCCGUUGCAGCUCCUGCAGCAGCAGCCACAACCGCUGCAGCAACUGCAGCAGCAACAGAAGCAGCUGCUUAACGGCAGCAGCUCCCCUCGCAGCCUCCUGCAGCAGCAGCCACAACCGCUGCAGCAACUGCAGCAGCAACAGAAGCAGCUGCUCAACGGCAGCAGCUCCCCUCGCAGCGUACAACAAAGCGAUGAUGGCGCUGCUGCUGCUGCUGCUGGGCCAGCAGCAGCAUCAGCAGCAGCAGCAGCAGCAGCAGCACUAGAACCAGCAGCAGCUACAGCGGCACCUGCUUGCAGCAACAGCUGUCACGGGAGUGGGCCCACAGCACCUGCAAGCAGCGGCAACAGCAGCAGCAACACCAGCAGCAGCAACAGCAGCAGCAGCAAUAGCAGCAGCAGCAACAGCAGCAGCAGCGGCGGCAGUGAGAGUGGGGCCAUUAGGGAAGGGAAUGCAGCAGACGGCGGCACUGCAGGCAGCAGCAACAGCAGCAGCGGCGACAACUACUGCAGCAGCAACAGCAGCAACAGCAGCAACCGCAGCAGCCGCAGCAACGACAGCAACAGCAACAGCGGCAGCAACCGCAGCAGCGACCGCAGCAGCAGCAGCAGCAGCGACCGCAGCAGCAGCAGCGACAGCAACCGCAGCACCAGCGAGAUAGGUGAAUGCGGCAGCAACGACGGCAGGAGCAGCAGCAACACUCACAGCAGCAGCAGCGGCAGCAGCGGGCCCUUGCACUGUAACCGCAGCAUCAACCAAACCAGCUGCAGCAGCAGCAGCAGCAAACCGCAGCAGCAGCAGCAGCAGCGACCGCAGCAGCAGCAGCGACAGCAACCGCAGCACCAGCGAGAUAAUAACCGCAGCAUCAACCAAACCAGCUGCAGCAGCAGCAGCAACAGCAGCAGCAGCAGCAGCAGCAGCAGCAGCAGCAGCAGCAGCAAACAUAUCACAGCUGCUUCGUUUGGCCUGUGGCUUGCAGAUGAUGCGAAGGGAGACGGAGAGACAGAGGACGGCGAACUGCCUGCUUCUGGUGCGGAGGCUGCUGCUCCUGCUGCUGCUGCUGCUGCUGCUGCUGCUGCUGCUGCAGCAACGGCAGCAGCAGCAGCUGAUCACUCAGCAGCUCCAAUGGCGGCAGCAAACAGGCAGCAAAAAGAGGCCGGGGGUGUUGCUGCUGCUACUGCUCGUGGUGCUGGUGCUGCUGGUGCACAGCAGCAAGAGCAACAGCGGCAGCGGGCAGCAGCAGCUGAUCACUCAGCAGCUCCAAUGGCGGCAGCAAACAGGCAGCACAAAGAGGCCGGGGGUGUUGCUGCUGCUGUUGCUUCUGGUGCUGGUGCUGCUGGUGCACAGCAGCAAGAGCAGCAGCGGCAGCAGCAACAGCAGCAGCAGCAGCAGCAGCAGCAGCAGGGCGGGGGCGGACGUAUGGCAUCUGUUUUGGAGCGCCUUCGUAAGAAGCUGCGCGACAAGCCGCCAGGAGGAGGAGCAGCAGCAGCAGCAGAAGCAGCAGCAGCAGCAGCAGCAGCAACAGCAGGCGGAGUAAACGCAGGCACGCAAGCAAGAGACGCAGCAGCAGCAGCAGCAGCAGCAGCAAGGGGUAGGCCUGAGGACAGUGUUGUAUCAUCCAGCUCGCUGCAUACAGCAGCAGAAGCAGCAGCAGCAGCAGCAGCAGCAGAUGCUCUGGACGCUGGCAGUGGGGGCUCUUCUUUGCUGCAGCUGCUGCACAGCACCCCUUCUUGGCCUCAUGCAGCAGCAGCAGCAGAAACAGCAGCAGCAGCAGCAGCAGCGGGAGCACUUGAAGCAUCGACGCCUACGACAACUGCAGCAGCAGCAGCAGAAGGCAGGUUCAGCAGCAGCAGCAACAGCACACCAGAAGCCGGUGAGCCUGGGGAGCCCCCGGGAUUGCCGCGCAAGCCGGCAGGUUCAGCAGCAGCAGCAACAGCACACCAGAAGCCGCACAUCCGCCGCUGCAAGGCGCUGCUGCUGGGGGAGUUAGAGGAGGGGCAGGAGCUGGUGCUGCCGCCGGAGUGGCAGCGGCAGCUGCAGCAGCAGCAGCAGGUGCUGCAGCAGCAGCAGAAGCAGCAGCAGUUGCACCGGCAGCAGCAGCAGCAGCAGCAGCAGCAGCAGCUCUCCCAGCAUGCUGCGCAAACCCACUGGGCAGCGGCUACAAAACCGCAGCAGCGGACGUGGCAGCAGCAGCAGCUACAACAGCAGCAACAGCCGCAGCAGCAGCAGCAACAGCAGCAGCAACAGCAUCAACAGCAGCAUCAGCAGCAGCAUCAGCAACUCCAGCAGCAGUUGCAUCACCGGCAGCAGCAGCAAGCGCAGCAGCAUAUGCCGUCAAUGCAGCAGCACCUGCCGCAGGCGCAGCAUCCGCAGCAGCACCAAACCCACUGGGCAGCGGCUACAAAACCGCAGCAGCGGACGUGGCAGCAGCAGCAGCUACAACAGCAACAACAGCCGCCGCAGCAGCAGCAACCGCAGCAGCAACAGCAUCAGCAGCAGCAUCAGCAGCUCCAGCAGCAGUUGCAUCACCGACAGCAGCAGCAAGCGCAGCAGCACAUGCCGUCAAUGCAGCAGCACCUGCCGCAGGCGCAGCAGCCGCAGCAGCACCAGCAGCAGCAGCAGCAGCAGCAGCAGCAGCAGCAGCAGCAGCAGUUGCUGCUGCACCCUUGGCAGCAGCAGCAGCAGCAGGACCCUCACAAUCGUCGUUUCUUGAUAGAUAUUCCUCCGCCUCCAGGGCUGCAGCAACUGCAGCAGCGGCUGCUGCAGGCGCAGCAUCCUGCAGCAGCAGCAGUUGCUGCUGCUGCUGCAGCAGCAGCGACAGAUACCCACCAUAUACCAACUUCCCCCUCAGCUCCUGCUGCAGUGCAUGCUGCAUUGCCCUGGGCAGCAGCAGCAGCAGCAGCAGCAGCAGCAGCAGCAGCAGCAGCACGUAUUGUUUCCGACUCCUCAGCAGCACCAGCAGCAGCAGCAACGGCAGCACCAGCAGCAGCAACAGCAACAAAAACAACAGCAGCAGCAGCAGCAGCACUUUAUCCAACAACAAGGCCAGCAGCAACGCCACGAACACCAGCGGCGGAUGCAUAUGCAUCAGCAGCAGCAGCAGCAGCAGCAGCAGGAGCAGCAGCACCAGCAGCACCAAAUGCACCAGCAGGUACAGCCGCAACAGCAGCAGAUGCAGCAGCAGCAGCAGAUGCAGCAGAAGAUGCAGCUACAUCAGCAGCAGCAGCAGCCGCACCAGCAGCCUGCGCCUCCGCCGCCGCCGCCGCCACCGCAGCAGCAGCAGCAUCAACAGCAACAGCAGCAGCAGCAGCAGCAGCAACAGCAUCAGCAGCAGCGAAAGCAGCAGCAAGUCCGCAACAGCAGCAGAUGCAGCAGCAGCAGCAGAUGCAGCAGAAGAUGCAGCUACAUCAGCAGCAGCAACAGCCGCACCAGCAGCCUGCGCCUCCGCCGCCGCCGCCGCCACCGCAGCAGCAGCAGCAUCAACAGCAGCAGCAGCAGCAGCAGCAGCAGCAACAGCAUCAGCAGCAGCGAAAGCAGCAGCAAGGUGAAGAAGCAGCAGGCGAUCAGGCUUUGUGGCCUCCAUGGAGGCGCAUGCAGCCGGCGCAGCACCCGACUGAGUUGCUGCAGCAGCAACAACAGCAACAGCUUGCUGCUGCUGCUGCUGCUGCUGCUGCUGCAUGCGAGCCGCAGCACAACAGCUCCUUGCUGCUUCCCGCAGUGCCUCCCCCUCCAGCAAUGUUGCCGGCAACAUCACUGCUGCUGCAUCAGCAGCAGCAGCAGCAGCAACAGCAGCAGCAACAGCAGAAGCAGCAGCAGAAGCAGAAGCAGCAGCAGAAGCAGAAGCAGCAGCAGCAGCAGCAGCAGCUCCCCCCGAACAUGCGGCUGCUGCUGCAUAGAGGCCGUUUGCUGCUGCUGCAGCUGGCAGCAGACGCGCAGCAAGACGGGAAUACCUUCCUCAAGGAGUUCUGCCGUUUCUGGGGCAGCAGCAGCAGCAGCAACAGCAGCAGCAGCAGCAGCAGGAGUGAAGCUAGGAUACUGAGCAGCAAAGACUCCAGCACGCAGCCUGCAGCAGCAGCAGCAGCAGCGUGCUGCUGCAUAAAGGCCGUUUGCUGCUGCUGCAGCUGGCAGCAGACGCGCAGCAAGACGGCAAUACCUUCCUCAAGGAGUUCUGCCGCUUCUGGGGCAGCAGCAGCAGCAGCAGCAACAGCAGCAGCAGCAGCAGCAGCAGCAGGACAGCAGCAGCAGGAGCAGCAGCAGCAGCAGCAGCAGCAGCAGACACAGCCGCAGGGCGAGCCGCAGCACAACAGCUCCUUGCUGCUUCCCGCAGUGCCUCCCCCUCCAGCAAUGUUGCCGGCAGCAUCACUGCUGCUGCAUCAGCAGCAGCAACAGCAACAGCAACAGCAGAAGCAGAAGCAGCAGCAGAAGCAGAAGCAGCAGCAGAAGCAGAAGCAGCAGCAGCAGCAGCAGCAGCAGCUCCCCCCGAACAUGCGGCAGUUCAUAUGGGGCUGA